AACAAAUCUGUGUUUCAAAUUUACAACUGUUACCGCGUGACAGUUGUAAAUUUGAAACACAGCUUACCCUUUAAGCCCACAACUUCUAGAAUUCUUCGUGCGGAAAAUUCCUAUUUCUUCCUUUGAGAGGCGUUGGUGUUAGAAGCCAAUCCGAUAAAUUAUGGCAGACGACCAAAUGCCUUACUAAGUUGUAGACUCAUUUCAGACUCCGUGAUAAUCUUUUCUGUCUCCUUUUGCUACUUCGUACUUCUGUUCUUGUUCAAUUAUUUAGAGAGGUGCAGAUUUGCCUUUUGCCGUUGAAAGUGAUGUUUUGAUGGUGACUGGUCAUUGCUCGAAGACUAGGCUUUAUACGAGAAAAGCUUCAUCAGAACGUUCCAGUUAUCGUGCACUUGUAUUUCGCUGGUUCUGAAAAGAAACACUCUUUUUGGGACCUCUACACUUGCUGAUGGACAGCUGCUCCCUUUGCUCUCUGGAAAUGCCGGGAAGAUGUAUGACUGAUCUUGGCUUCCAGUGCUCUAGUUGCCUUCGUCAGGUUCAUUUGGGUUGCCUAAACAAGCACAACAAUUCGUGGGGUGUCACCUCUUCGUUUAUGUGUCCUGAUUGCUCCGGAACUCUGAUCUUGAAUACGCGGCAAAGUUUGGAUGUUCAUCAAGUUGAAGUCAAUUAUCAGGGGGACACUGUGGGAGAUUUUCUUUCAUAUGCUCUUUCAAUCGAGGAACCCAACGAGGAGUUUAAUGGAAGGGGUGAGUAUGUAGAUUUUGACGAAUGCAGGAGCGUUUGUGGACAUACGAAUGGAGAUUAUGGAGAAGAUCUGAAGAACAUUACCAAAGACUUCGAGAAGACGGCAGAGCUCAUGAAUGAUCUUUUACCAGGAGAUCUCAGCUGGGAUCAUUGUAGCAAGUUCAACCUCACUACCGAUCCUGGUGCUCGAAACCAAAUCUACAAUAAUCCAGGAGAUUGUGAUACGCUCUCAUCAUUCUCCGAAAGAAAUUACCAUCUCAAUGAGAUAUCUGCAGAACUGAACUAUGAUGGAUUGGCAUCGUUCGAAACUACUACUUGUGGCACAUUCGACGAUAUAUUUCAUCAUGACGAGAGAACGAUCUUACAACAAGGUACCUGCAAGACUGCCUCGAGUUUGGAAGAAUGAAGGUCAUAUGCAAGUACAAGAUGCGGAGCACACAUUUGGAGACACUAGAACGGCGGGCUUGUGUGGCUCGCAGAACAGCUGAUGCAGCUAGAAAAGUUGCCAACCAAAAAGCUGUCGUAGCUGCACAGGCUGCCAUCAAAGCAAGAGCUGCAUUGCAAUGUGCUGCAGUUUAUGCUGAGCUUGAGAAUAAAAGCAAGAGGAAGAUCAAAUCCAAGAAAAAAUCCACCACAGGUUAACGUAGUGGUUACUGGGAGAACAAUAUUUUGGUUAGUAUUUGGUUCUCAAAUCACACCAAGCAUAUUUUAUCACGGCCAUUUAGAUCAUCCACUCAUCGCGUAGGGAGAAGACUAUCAAAUGAAUAAUGAUCAGUUUGUGUCAGGUGUGUACACAGAAUAUCUGACCGAGUCUAAAAUGCAGAAGUUGUUACAGUUUGUCAAUGCAAUCAGAAGCUGUAAGUUACCAUCCGGUUAUUUGCUACUUGUGCUCACAAUGAUGUGAAUUUAUAUUGCUCAAGG